AGGGAAGGGGAAAGAGGGAAGGGGCGUCUCCCUGACGACGGGGGCGCGCGUCCGACCGGACUUCUCCCCGAGUGUAGCCAGUUUGAGCCCGCACCGGGGGCGGCUCGGUGGGCUGCGGGUGUGGGGAGGGGGGUGAUCUAGUAGCCGCCGCCGCCGAGCGUUCAGAGAUCUGUGCCCCUCCUGAAAAUGAACGAGGCGUCGGCAGAAGAGUUCAAAGAUCCAGAAGUAUAUAAAAUAUACUAUAUAUUUCCAAAUGGAGACAAAUACGAGGGUGACUGUACAAGAAUAUCUCCUGGAGUCUUUGAAAGAAAUGGAGCAGGGGUUCAUACUACCCCCAACGGAAUAACCUAUAUAGGGGCCUGGAAAGAUGACAAAAUGAAUGGAAUCGGAAGACUCGAACAUUUUUCAGGAGCAGUAUAUGAAGGAGAGUUCAAGGACAACAUGUAUCAUGGAACAGGGACUUAUACAUUCCCAAAUGGAGCAAAAUACACUGGAAGUUUCGUAGAAAACAGAGUGGAAGGUAAGGGAGAAUAUACUGACAUUCGUGGAUUGGAAUGGAGUGGUACCUUUCAUUACACAGCGCCGGGGCUGAAACUAAAGCUACAGAUGUAGGUCUCUAAACUAAAGUAAUAACAUUCAAGUUGAUGUUAAUCUUAAGCAAUUAUGGCCAAAUGUUUCCCUUAAAAGUUUCAUAUGCUACUUACUGUACUGUGAGUUAUCCAAUAAAAUCAUCCAUCCAUUUCUCUAUUUGCAACUUUAUUUUCAGAAUUUAAGAGAUAGUUUAAAAUAAAUUCUGAGAGUGUUCCCAUCAGUUAAGGAAUGGCUGAAGAAAUUGUGGCAUAAGAAUAUCAGGGAAUGUUGCACUAUAAAAAUGGACAAAUAUGAGCAAUUCAGAGAACCCUGGGAAAACAUAGAUGAAUUAACAAAGUGUGGAAAAAAUAGAAAUGAGAACAAUAUAUAUAUAUAUCUUUAAAAGCAUGAAUGAACAAAACAUAUUAAUUGGGAGAAACAUUUUUAAAAGUUGCCAGAAGCCUAACUUGAAGCAGCCCAUUCUAAUAAACCAAAUGCAUAACACAGGGGAGAGCUAUUUCUUAAAAUUUCUGUGUGGUCUUGGGAAAGUCAGUUAUCAGCUUGGGGCUUUUGUUUUCAAUCCUGUGAAAAGGAGUGCAUAUACAUCCUCAACCUAAAAAAUGUGUAACCACAGAGAAAUUCUGAAGAUUAAGCACAGUAAGAACUGAAAAGUUCUUUUUUGUGUCAAAAUUGUGUUUAUCUACACAUGUACACGUGUAUAUAAAACAAUAGAAUUUUAAAAUGAGAGCAACUUAUACUCACACUAUCUGGCUGGAUUCCCAGGGCAGGGCUGCUACAUCUCCCUUCGGAUUCUAAGGAGAGCCCUGAAGAGUUUUAGUAUAGAUUUUCAUAGUGCCUGCAGGGCAUAUAGUAGGUGCUUAAUAAAUGCUCAUUGAUUAACAAGUAGGGAGAGAUUAUUGAUUAGUUCAAACAGCCUCUACCCUUACAUUUAACUACAAGAGAAAAGCGCAUUACCAAAUUAUACUUACUCUUUGAUGAUUAUUAAGUGGAUUUGUGAUCUCAUUUUCGUCCAUCAGUACAAAUAAUAGCCUAUGUGAACAUUCUGUGUGAUUCUUAACCUUGUCUUUCUAUAAAUCCUCCAUAUAUGCCAGGAGGAAUCUGACAAGUAGGAUAGCUUUUGAACUCAUGUGUUGAAUUUAUGUAUUUAGAAAGAAAAGUAGUUUUGUUCAUAAUCUACUUUUUCUCUUCUAUGGAUAUAUAGAUGUUCAUUUUAUUUGAUGUUUGUAAAGUUCAUAAUAAAAAAAUUCUAAAAAACAA